CUUAUAAUCCCGCAUUGUUAUACUGGGUCGAAUUGAUCGACCUCCGUUAACAUAUAGGUUCCUACGCAGAUGCCUCUAUAUUACCUGAAUAUUUUUUUAUGAUAAUUGGUUUGAUUGCGGCUAGCAGAGGAAUUCAGGAAGCACAUUUCGUCCUGUUUGGGACUCAUCAGCGGGAAGAAACACACAAACAAGUCAAUUAUAUUUGGUUACAGUUGAGACCAAUUCACAUCCCCAACACCACAGUCGAGUAUGGUAAUAAACAAUAUUGGGGAAGAAAAGAUGGAAGAAACAACAGCAGCGUGGUAAGAAAUAAACUCGAUCUUUGCUACAGAAUUGAUUCAGAGGCAAGUUGGAUAGCUUCUCAUGUACUAACGGAUAAUUUAACCAGUCAACUGAGAAUGCUGUCCUUACUGCAUAUUGGUGGUUACUAUCUAAAUGAACUGAUAGCAUUUUUAGCGUAGGCUUAUGACAGCUAUCCUUAUCAUAUUUUUACUUGAAUAAGCAUAAAAUAUUGAAGUAAUUGUACCUUCAAUACGCUGAAAUGGAGGUUCACGAUUGGAUAGUUAUCGUUAUUAACGCUUUAGUCUUAGAUUUAACAAUUGAUUCGGCAGAAGUAUAUGUAGUUGAGUACUCAUGAGAUUAU